GAAAAUAAAAUAAAAGAGAAAGUUGGAGAGUAUGUUUAAUCAAAACUGUAUCAUCCAGUGUGUCUAUGUGUGUGUCCGUUAUGCAUAGGUGAUCAGCAAUGACAUCAAACACGUUUGAACUCUACUAGUUUGGACUUUGGAUGUCAACUGGUUAAGAGGAUCAAAGAGACAGACAACAGAAUCAUCUAGCAAAUCAAUCUCAAACUCGUACUAAACAUGAGAAAUGUUGUUCUGUUCUCCCUUCUUUGCUGGCUGCUAUGUUCCCAACUGUGUUCAGGGGGAGGAGACACGUUAAACCUUGGCAAGAUGAUAACUCAGGACUCGGAGAACAACCUUGUUUCAGAAGGAAAUGAAUUUGAAUUAGGCUUCUUUUCCUUGCCCAUUGGAAGUGAAAAAAAGUACUUGGGGAUAUGGUAUCACAACUUGGAACCACAAACAGUGGUGUGGGUUGCCAACAGAGACAACCCUGUUAAAGGUUCUAAUGGAGUUUUCCAAAUUGCAGAGGAUGGAAAUCUCGUGGUAGAAGAUGCAUCAGAACAAGUUUGGUCCUCAGCACUUGAAGGGUCUUCAUCCAAAAACAGAACACUGAAGCUCCUUGACUCUGGGAAUUUAGUACUAAUGGAUGAUGAUUCGGGAAUGAGGAGAUACCUGUGGCAAAGCUUCCAACACCCAACACACACGUUUCUUCCGGGGAUGAAAAUGGAUGCAAAUUUAACAUUAACUUCUUGGCGAAACGACAACGACCCCGGAAGUGGGAGCUUCACCUUCAAGCUGCUUCAGAAAGGUAGCUGCAUAGUGAAUAACCAGUCACAACUUUACUGGGUGCUUCGGACUGAUAGUGAUAGACUCAGUUCACAAGAGAUAUCCCCCCUCGUGCUUACCUUGUUAGGCUUGGGAGUAAAUGCCACAUCCACAUCCGGUAAUUCAUCGUCCAGGUUUCAAGAAGUUUUUGAUUUUCACAAGUCAAGGUUGAUAAUGAAUCAUACUGGGCAGGUGCAGUUUCUAAAGUGGGAAAAUGAAGAUACAGAAUGGUUUUUGCUAUGGUCGGGACCAGGUGACAAGUGCGACACACAUAACUACUGUGGAAGCUUUAGCAGCUGCGACAAGAGUAAAUGGAAGCCCUGUAAAUGUUUACCAGGAUUCACUCCCAGGUUGCCUUAUGAUCAGUACCUUGGAGGGAGGCAAGGGUGUGUCAGAAAAUCAAAGACUUGUAGUAGUAAAGGCAUGAUGUUCCUCAACUUAAAGAGGUUAAAAGUGGGAUACCCAGAUGAAGCUUUCCCAACAGAAACAGAAGCUGAGUGCCGGUCUCAAUGCCUUAAAAUGUGUCCCCACUCCCAGUGCCAAGCUUAUUCAUAUAAUUCAUAUAAUAGGUCUAAUUAUGAUCGUAGUUCAUUUUCAUGUUGGAUCUGGACAAGGGAUUUACUUACACUUGAAGAGCAGCAAGAUAGUGGUGGUGAUCUUUCUAUCCUGAUCAGGAGAUCAGACAUAGCAUCAACUGCAAAAUCGUGUGCCCCUUGUGGCACAUAUGUGAUUCCUUAUCCUCUAAGUACUGGGCCAAACUGUGGAGACCCAAUGUACAGCAAGUUCAAUUGUGACUACACGAAAGGCCAGGUUAGCUUCAUGAUGUCUGGCGGAAAAUCAUACCGAGUUACUUGGAUAGAUGAAGGUGCCAGAAAGUUUUACAUCCAAACGAAUGAUUCAGAUUCAGACCACUGUGAUUCAAGUUCCAGCUAUCAAAGUUACAAGCCUAGUUCUCCAUUUAAUGUCACUAACUGGUGCUUUAGUAAAGAUGAAAUAGAGGUCACUUGGCUACCAGCACCACAACCUACCUGUAAUAAGUCCAGAGACUGCAACCAUUGGCUCCAUUCAACAUGCACUCCUUCAAACACUGAAGGAGUAAGGAGGUGCCUUUGCAAUUCAAAUUACCUGUGGAAUACCUCAAGUUAUAGUUGUAUACAAGAAUCAUCAAGCCAUUCAACCAACCGAUUGCCAUUGAUUCUCACAGCAAUUCUUGUGGGCACAAUUAUCCUGGCAUGUGCCAUAGGGUUUGCUUAUGUUCGAAGGAAGAAAAUAGCCCAGAAGCUUGAUAAGGUAAACAUCCAAGUUCAAGAGAGCUUGUACGGCAGUGAAAGACAUGUGAAAGGUUUGAUAGGACUAGGAAGUCUAGAAGAAAACAACAGUGAAGGCAUUGAAGUACCCUAUUACACUUUUAGAAGCAUUCUAGCAGCUACAGAAAAUUUCUCAGAAUCGAACAAGCUUGGAAGAGGAGGAUAUGGGCCUGUGUAUAAGGGAAGGUUUCCUGGAGGUCAAGACAUUGCUGUAAAGAGGCUAUCAGCUGUUUCUACUCAAGGCUUAAAGGAAUUCAAAAAUGAGGUUGUUUUGAUUGCCAAACUUCAACAUCGGAAUCUUGUUAGGCUUAGGGGUUAUUGCAUGAAAGGAGAAGAGAAAAUCCUACUUUAUGAGUACAUGCCAAAUAAGAGCUUGGACUCAUUUAUAUUUGAUCGGACGCGAACUUUGCUCCUGAAUUGGCAAAUGCGGUUCGACAUAAUCCUAGGCAUUGCACGAGGGCUGCUCUAUCUUCACCAAGACUCCAGAUUGAGAGUGAUCCACAGAGACCUGAAAACCAGCAACAUUCUUCUAGAUGAGGAGAUGAAUCCAAAGAUAUCAGAUUUUGGCCUUGCUAAAAUAUUUGGGGGAAAAGAGACUGAAGCAAGCACAGAAAAAGUAGUGGGGACCUUUGGAUAUAUGGCUCCAGAGUAUGCAUUGGACGGAUUUUUUUCAGUGAAAUCAGAUGUUUUCAGCUUUGGGGUAGUCCUACUAGAGAUUCUCAGCGGAAAAAGGAACACGGGAUUUUAUGAGUGCAAACAAAUUUCUAGCCUUUUGGGUUAUGCAUGGAGAUUAUGGACAGAGAAUAAGCUUCUAGACUUAAUGGACCAAUCUAUUGGUGAAAGUUGCAAUGAAAAUCAAUUCAUGAAGUGUGCACUAAUUGGACUCUUAUGUGUACAAGAUGAACCGGGUGAUCGGCCUACAAUGUCAAAUGUUGUGACCAUGCUUGAUAGUGAGACUGCAACCAUUCCAAUUCCAACGCAGCCAACCUUUUUCGCGAGAAAGCCUCCAUCGAUCAGCGAUUCUGGUUCUUCCAGCAAACAAGAAAUAAUAAGUCUAGAAUUUGAUAGCAGUUAUCAACAUGGUAGAUAGAUAGAGCAUGAUUGAAGUUAAGGUUUCAGUUAAUUUCAAGCAAUUUCAAUUCGUUUCCAUUAGACAUGGGAUUUUAAUUCAAUAAGUUAAGUAUGCAACUUUAGGUUAUGAUUGUAUAUGGAAUUGUGAUGUACGUGCCAUAAAUAUUAUGAUACGAUCAAACUGAAAUCAGCAGAGGAAUCAGCGAUUCUGGUUCUUCCAGCAAACAAGAAAUAAUAAGUCUAGAAUUUGAUA